AGAAUAUCUAGUUUCUCCUUUGAAUAUUUUCCAAAUUCAACUUGCAAGGUCAACCCUAAUUUUUAGUCUUCUUCUGAGUCUCAGUUAUUUCCUAUGGAUAUCGAAAAGGCAGGGAGCAGAAGAGAAGAAGAAGAACCCAUUGUCCAAAAGCCAAAGCUAGACAAAGGAAAAGGCAAAGCUCAUGUGUUUGCUCCUCCCAUGAACUACAGUCGAAUUAUGGAAAAACAUAAGCAAGAAAAGGUGAGCAUGCCUGGGUGGAAAAGAGGCGUGGCUAUCGUCGAUUUUGUUCUUAGACUCAUUGCAGCCAUCACGGCCAUGGCCGCUGCAGCAAAGAUGGCAACCACGGAAGAGACUCUCCCUUUCUUUACUCAGUUUUUGCAGUUCAGUGCUGACUACACCGAUCUACCAACGCUUUCAUCUUUUGUUGUAGUAAACUCAAUCGUGGGCGGCUACCUAACCCUAUCAUUGCCUUUUUCCAUUGUCUGUAUCCUCCGGCCUCUCGCAGUGCCACCUAGGCUCUUCCUCGUCUUAUGUGACACGGCGAUGAUGGGCCUCACUAUGAUAGCGGCAUCUGCUUCUGCAGCCAUAGUUUAUUUGGCGCACAAUGGGAAUUCAAGCUCGAACUGGCUUCCCGUUUGCCAGCAAUUCGGUGACUUUUGCCAAGGAACCAGCGGCGCCGUGGUGGCUUCCUUCAUUGCAGCAGCUCUUCUCAUGGUCCUCGUCAUUUUCUCUGCGUUUGCUCUCAAGAGAUCGACGUGAAAAUUUGUAUUUGUGCCUAUUAAAUUCCUGUGUGCUCUGAUAUUCAUUUGUGUGAAUUUGAAAAGAGUAAGAUAUAUGAUUUGGUUUUUGUUAAGUUGUG